AAAAAAAUCUUGAGCAAAACAGAAGUGAACGCAAGUGAAAAAAGAUACAGGAACAAGAUACAGAUACAGUGUGCCAGAAAAAUUCAAAAAACAAAAGAUACAAAGCCAGACGACGCAGACGCCGCCGUCACAAAUGCAGCCAAAUACAGUGAAGCCCGGGCAAUGGACGUUUUGGAUCAGUGCGAAUGUAACGAACGGAAUGGCCGCAGCGCACAAAUAACACUAGCACAACCACAGUAAACACAGAACAGCAGCACACCGCAUUUUUACACGCUUUGUUUUUUUUUUCCAUUCAAAAAGUUGCAAAAAAUAUCGAAAUUCAAGUCAACAAUUAAAAACGCACAAAAAAAAACAAAAACACAGUAAACUCUCAAAAAAGAAAUAUCAAGUAAACAAUAUCAGUGAGAAUAUCAAUCGUAGAACUUGCCGAAAAAAAAAACCAAAAAAAAAUCUCAAUUCUCUGGCCAUGUUUAACUUUCACAAGCCGCGCGUCUACCGCUCCGCCGACGGGUGCUGCAUCUGCCGCGCCAAGUCGAGCAGCUCCCGGUUCACCGCCUCCCGUAAAUAUGAAAAGGAAUCGAUGCAGUGCUUCAAUCUCCAUGAGCCGCGCAACGGCGAGAUAUGUAACGCCUGCGUUUUGCUGGUCAAGCGCUAUAAGCGACUGCCGGCUGGCAGCAAACGCCACUGGGGUCAUGUGGUAGAUGCUCGAGCUGGUCCUGGUACCAAGUCCCUGGCCAAGCAAAAGAAACGCGGCGACAACGCCGAUGGCGAGGGCCGGGGCUCUGCUGGUUCGUCAAGCUCAUUUCUGCCGGAGAAGUUUGCCAAAAUCUUCAAGAAGAACCGCAAGGGCAAGAACCAGCCAGCAGGAGGAUCGGGAGUCGAAGCAUCCUCGACAGUAGUUUCCAGUUCCAUUAGCCAGCGUCCCAGCAGCACUUCCCCCACUUCCGAGCACCAUCCCAGCGACUCGAACGAGAGCUACGACGACGAGUUGAUGUCCGGAGGUGUCUCUGGCACGGCUCCGUAUCAAACACGUAAGCGAACGGCGGCCAAUGCGGCUCUGGCUUCGGCCGGGGACGAGCCAAAGGUCAUGAAGCGACCCAAGCUAACGGGAAGCAAGCGACGCCGCCAACUGGCGCCGCAAAAGAAUCGUCGCGCCGUCGACACUGUGCCCUUCUUCGAGGAGAGCGACCUGGUGCGCCUCGAGGUCUGCUGCGGUGUGGUCUUCCAGAGCCUGUCCCUCGGCAGCGCCUGCUACAUCAUCGAUCCGGAGCUGUACAAGCCGUGCGAGAAGCACCAACGUCUGCGGCAGCAACAGUUGCAGCUACAGCUUCAACAUCAGAAUCAGGAAGCAUCCGCAUCCGCAUCCGAAUCCGAAACACCCAUCCCAGCUACACAGCUGCAAGUUCAAAGCCAAAAGCAGCCGACGCCCAAGGUUACUGGGCCACUCAAGAAACACCAUUUGUUCUUCAAGCGACAAUCGGAGUCAUUUCCACAGGGUGAUAUCCAUAGAAUAAGUCCAAUUCCAUUGAGCAAGACUGAAGCGAAUAACGAAGCACCACCACCGAAGCCACAUUCCUCCAAUCUGUCGCUGGUGCUGAAGUCGACAACGACGACCGCAACGCCAGCGACCGGUACGUUGCCAUCGGCUGGAUCGGCGGUGGGCGUUGUAUCCGUGGGUGCUGCCUCGCCCUCGUCCCUGUCCUCCAACUCGAACUGCUCCACAUCGUCCUCGGUGGCCACCAAAUUCAAUGACAACUCAUCGGACUCGGGAUUCGAUGAGCAUGUCCUCGAGCGCAAGUCUGUCAGCCCUCCAACGGAGGAAUGGAAGCUGCGCGGAGCAACUGGAGGUGGCAUGCAACUGAUUCUGGCCAGUGGUCUGCCCAUUUCGGGCCAGGCCCAGAAUCUGGUGCUGGCUGGGAAUGAGUUCACGGCCCGUAUCGUCCAGCAGAGGCAGCAGGUGACGCCCGGUGAUGCCACCAUCACGGCCACCACUGGCCACCCAGCGACCGGAACAGCUCUCAAAAUCAAUGUCCUUGGCGGAUCUCAGGGGAAUAGCAAUAAAAUGCGUGCAAUAUUUAAUAGCGCCAAUAGCAUUCAGCACGAGAACGGGGUGACCACCAUACUGCCGGCAUCAUCGCUGGCAGCCAGCAAUCAGACAGCCGCCAUGAAUGCCAUUGCACCCAGUACGGUGACCAUAACGCCAUCCACCGUUGGCAAGAAGGUGGCCAGCUUGGGUAAUCCCAAGUUUAUACUCCUGAAGCCGGCAAAAAUAACGACGGUGCCACCGCCACCGCCGCCAGAAGCUAAAAUUGCAUAAACUGGUGGUUCUAAUUAGAAAGAGAUAGGGCGAUGGAGCUAGAAAGAGAAAGAGAAGCCAAGCAUCUCAAAAAAUAAAAUUUAAAAAAAAAUUCAAAAUCGAAGAAUGGUCGGUCGGUCACCCUGUUACGUUUUGUUGAUUUAUAUAUUUUACGCAAACCUUAUUUAAGCCAGUCCUUAAAAAUAUUUUAUAUUUUUUUUUUAUUUGUUUAUAUAUAUAUUCAGUUUUUUUUUUUUUACAU